AUGCCUGGUCACAGCGACAUUUGGGGGAAAUGGAAAAAGAAUCUAGUAGUUGGCAAAGUAGACCUAAAACACCCAGAUGCUCAACUGGAUAUUAGACCGCAACGACAAGAAACCUACAACCUGGUAGCUGAUCUCGUUUCCACCACUGACAAAUACUUCGGGUCUCCCCUCCAUCAUUUUGGUGCCGACGAAGUCGCGUAUAUGUGGAACACUCAAGACGACAACAAAUUGUUCAACAACUUUCUCAAUUGGCUUCAAACUCUGUGCCCGACCAAGUCGAUCAUCCUAUGGGACGACCCUCUCACCGAUGAGGAAAAGCGUAUAAAGCUCUCCAAGGACUGGAUUAUCCAAACCUGGCACAACGGUGUUACCAAAGGAGUGCUUAAAAAGGGACAUCGGGUGAUUAUUUCGGAAUCCAACACCUUUUAUAUCGGUAACGCAGAUAGCGAUAAGAUUUCCUCUUUCGCUUUCCCAGAUAACCCCAACGUCUUGGGGUAUGAGGUUGUCUGGUUCACUUCUGAAGAUGAUGACCCAUACGACUUUCGCAAAAGCUGGGUCAUGGAGCCAAUCAAGGCUGCAGCAAAGAUUCGUCGACGCAAGAAGAAUUGA